AUAGAUCGAAGAGAAGAAAUCUGGCGGUAUUGUCCCUUCAGCACUUUGCCUAUCCUAUGAAGAUGUGAGAUAAACAGUAUAUCGUGAACGGAUAAAGAAAUCUCGGAAAUCAUUAAAUACAACGGCAAGCGUGCAAACCUGGAUCGAAGCUAUCAACGAAGACGGAGAAGGUCAUGAGCGACAGCACUAAAAUCGUGUGUAUGGACUCAACACACAAAACCGUCAAGUCAUUGAAGCCAGAUCCAAAAAACGAUAAGAGAUUCGCCUCUGCGUAUCUGUUCACUCUUUUGGUGAAAGAUUUGAAGACACAAUUGGGUGUGCCGAUUGCGUUCAUGGUAUGCAAUUCUGAAUCAACGGAUGUUCUCAAAGAGUGUGGCCUAAACCCUUCGAAAUUUAUGGUGGACUGCUCUGUCGUCGAGACUGAGGCUCUCAAGCAAGCAUUUCGUUCCUUGGAUAUUUACUACUGCAAGUUUCACGUUGGUCAAGCUUGGGAACGGAAAAUGCGUCAACUUCACAAUGUUGCAGAAAGCGAUGCCAUGCGGAAAUCAUUGAACGGGAUCCUUAACGCUCUGUCAGACGAGGACCGAGGACUGAAGUGGAGAGUGUUCACAACCAAUUUUUCACCAUCUGCAGACGCUUUUAUUACCUAUCUCAAGAAAUGGAUGGAACCAACAAGACUUGUGAAAUGA